AUGGGGGAGACGCGGCGGCAGGCGCUGGUGGAGAAGCUGCGCAAGACACCCGUCAGGUUCCCGACCGAUCCAGAGAGCAUUGCCGAGCCCGUCCUCAUCGAGGUCAUGAAGGUAGUGGCAUCCACGCAGCUCGUGCUCCAGAAGGGGCUGGGCGACUACUCUGUCUACUUGGCUGGUGCAGGAAGCGAGAGCGACGGCGUGUUCGACAUGAGCAUGCACGUCCAGGGGCUGCACGGCGAUGUCGACGGACAGGGCACUGGCGACGCCGUGGCGCAAGGGGGGGGGGACAGGGACCAGGACGCAGCCAGCCCGGCGAAGGCCUACCUGGAUGAGACGGGCGUGAUGCAGUAUCCAGUCCCUGCUGCAGGCGAUCGUGCGCGACAGGCCGCAGGACCCCUACGCGUUCAUGCUGCAGCAGCUGCACGCCAGGACACAGCUGUGGGUGUACAGGCCGGAGAACGGGCUCGCCGUGGCGAUCCGCCGCACGCCCCAGAUCGGGUGCGAAGAGGCCGUCGACGCGUCGGGCUACCAGAUGAGACCAGGCGAGCGGUUCCGGGUGGCCGAGGCGCGGGAGGGCGAGGGCGGCGUGCUCUUCCUGCGGCUCGCGGACGGCAGGGGCUGGCUCUUCGACCACAAGCCCGGCGUCGGGCGGAUGUGCGAGAGAGUGCACGAGGAGAGGGCCCCGGCGGCGAGGCGCCGUCUCAGGAGGGGUCGGCCUCGCCGGCGAUCGCCAGCGAGCUGGAGCGGGCCUGCGCCGUGCUCGGCGACGCCCCGCGCGACGCGCCGCGCGACGCUCCGCGCGAGGGGCCCCCCCGGGAGGGCUGCGGGGAGCCCCCCGGGGCCCCGGGCGCCGCGGAGGCCGCGCCGCCCGCGGAGAGUGCGGGGAGCGGCUCCGACCGGAGAGCCCGGGGCCCAGUCCGUGGGUGUGCCGCUCCGUUCUCUGCCGCCGUCGGGGCCCAGGCAGGAGCUGAGGCAGAGCCUGCAGCAGGAGCUGAGGCAGGGGCUGCGGCAGGUGUGCGUGGGCGGCGAUCUGCAGAGGGCCUUCGACGAGGUCAUGGGGGCGGCGCCGGGCGGCGAGGAGGCCCCGCCGCAGGCGGCCCCGGAGGUCGAGGCCGGGGCCAAGGACGACAACCGGCAGAACAUGAGGGUGGCGCUCGAGGAUCGACUGCGUGCGGCAGCGGCCAGCAGCAGGCGGCCUUCCGCGAGAGCGGCGACUCCGCCGCCGCGAGGCCCGAGGACGCCCGGGCCAGGGUGGCGAACGGCCUGCGCGAGGUCACGGCGGGCGGCGACGCUGACGGCGCGGAGCCCCAGGACGCCCCCGCGGUGGCGGCGGACGGGCUGCGCGAGGCUGCGGCGGAGGGCGGCCAGGCGGCGCCCGAGGGCGCCCCGGCGCCCCACGGCCAGGAGGCGGGCGCGGGCGCGCCCGGGGGCGCGGAGCAGGCCGCCCCGCAGGGCUCCUGGGCGCACGGCGGCCGCGGCGACGCCGUCAAGAGCCGUGUCCGGGGCAUGCUGGAGGAGCAUUGCUCGGACGGCACGCUGGACUCGAUGUUCAUGGAGGCGAUGGGCGCCGCGGAGCGCCAGCUCGAGGCCGGGCGCGGACCGCUGCCGGCAGAGCCGGCUGCUCCGGAUCCGCCAUCUCCGGCGCCCCACGACAUGGGCGUUGUCCAGAGGGAGCUCCAGGGGAUGAGGAACGACAACAAGGCCCUACGCGAACAGAUCAACCUUAUGAUGCAGAAGAUGGAGGAGCUGAGACUGGAGAACGAGUCUCUGAACGAUAGGCUCGACGGCAAUGUUUUGGAUUGA